UAAUUGUCAGCCUUAAAUGGCGACAUUUAAAUAAUAAGAUAAUUUGUUUCGUAUAUAAAAUAAAGAUACGACAGUUUUAAUGAAAUUCCAAUUCCUUAAUUGGAACAGCAAGAAUCAUGUCUAAACACAACUGCAUUGUUUUAUUAGUAUUCAUGCAUAGCGUAUCUACCCUGGCCAAUACGCAGAAGGUAACUCAACCUUUGCUGGUGUGUCCCUGUGAAUACAACUAUAACCCCGUCUGUGGGGCUGAUGGCAUCACCUACAUAAACGAAUGUGUGUUUAAUUGCACCAGCAAUCGUAGUAUACAGGAUGGAAAAGGGCCCAUAUAUAAAGCAAAUAACGGGGAAUGUAAAACCUGCUUCUGUCAAAAUUUCAACCUUCCCGUCUGCACCAUGGAAGGGCUCACCUUCCCGAACGAAUGUGAACUAGCGUGUGAAAAUUUUAAACGUCUUUAUGCAGGUCAAUCAUUCUAUAAUUUAGCCUACAGAGCUGGCUGCAUCGGCCCGUCAACGGGAUGUACGGAUAUCGCAGCUCCAGUCUGCGGUACAGAUAACAUUCUUUACAGAAACAAGUGUGUUCUUGAAACUGCUAACUCUAUAAGCUUGAAACGAAAGGGACCUUCGAUCCAAAUAAAGAACAACGGGGCCUGUCUGGAAAGCUGUUUAUGCCCACUUGAACAUCAACCGGUGUGCGGAAGCAACGGAUAUUACUACGAGAACGUCUGUUACCUAACAUGUCAAAAUAAACUAAAUUACUGCUCUAAGCAUCCAGCAAUUUCACCAGCCCCGAAAAGUGUUUGCGAGCAAUGCUAUUGUAACGAAAUCAAUAACCCUGUAUGUGGAAGCGAUGGUAGAACUUACAAGAAUCCUUGCGAAUUCAACUGUGAAGCAAAGAGACGAGGAAACACUUACUUAACCAUUACUAAGUAUGGAACAUGUUCGGGUUGCGGUUGUACUGAUAGAUACAUUCCCGUCUGCGGUACAGACCAACAGACCUAUACGAAUGAGUGUCAGUUAAAAUGUAGCAAUAGCAAGAGGGUGGAUGGCUAUCGGAUAAGUGUCUGGCACUCAGGUGAGUGCCAACCGACUGGGUGCACUUGUAACAUAACCUGCCCGCCCGAAUAUGAACCAGUUUGCGGUACAGAUGGAAAGUCGUACUGGAACUUAUGCUGGCUGAACUGCAACGCCGAUUGCAAGGAGAGAAAUGAAAAUACAGGACACACACUGUUCGUCCAAAAACCUGGAUCUUGCGUGAUAUAAAAACCUAUGUAGUAUAAGAAUACGUUUGAUAAGAAAUUAAGUUUGUAAAACUAAUAAUAUAUUCUAGAGUGCAACUGCAAAAUAGCUAUUAUUUUCUAAACCUUCAUGGUUAAUCAACGCUUAAAGCGUACGCGAACUCGAUAAGUUUCUAACAGUAACACGAUAUGAAUAUAAAAUACAAGCAAAGUUUAAAACAGGAGGUAAACCCGAGCUUCCAGGAAGCGUUACAAAGCGGGCAAAGCUUAGCAGCCACUUGCGUCCCUAGUUAGCGCCUUUGUGACGAGGCCGGGCAAAGAGCGACUCAAGGUAAAAUGAGCUGCUGUUUUGAAGGCAUCUUUAAUUUAAAACGAUGUCAAAAUGUAAUAUCGCUUAAAAUACACCUGGUUUAUACAAUAGUUUAAAAUUGAAUUUAAAACCUUUUUAAAUUUAUAUUAGUCUAUAUUACUAAAGCAAACAAGGUUUAGGAAUAACAAUAGUUGCAGAAGGUUCUAUUUAUUGUUUAGAUUACGUCAUUAUAUUGGUCGUGUUGAAAAUAAAAUUUCUGAAUAUUUA